GGCGGGGCGGGGCCGGCGCGGUUUCUGGCUUACCUGCCUGUUGGAUGUGUGUGGAUAGUUAACCUGUAGACACCUGAGGGUUGGGCAGGGGCGCGUCUGUAAAACAGCAGUCUGGGAUUGAGGGCUGAGUGUUCAAGGCCCUCGGAAGACUCGUGGGAGACUCUUUGGGUAGCCCUUGGGCGUCAGUUCUUUGUGCUGGGACCCAGUGCAUCCGCAGACCCGCGACUGUGUCUAGCGGGUUUCUUUGUAGGUUAACUAAGACUCUGGUUGCCCGUGAUUCGUUUGCAGGCUGGGAAGGAUGCUUUUGUGGUGUAUCUGUUUUGGGUGUUUCAUUAACUGGAAGUCCUGUUGGUUGUGAAGACGUUGGGUUUUACUUGAGCUCUGUGCUCCUGGAAAACAGCGGAGGUUCAGAAAUCUCCAGGAAAAGGCUCACUGCAGAGAAGCUCCUUUUGUACACGUUCUUGGCUUUAGGCUUCUUGCCAUGGAGACUGAGCGUGGGCUUGCUAUGGCCUGCUUCCACAAAGGAACUUUGGGGAUGGACACCAUCAUGCCUGGAGCACCCGAGUACACAGCAGGUGUUGACUGCAAGUGCUGGACAGUUUUGUAAUGGGGAUUGACCCAGGCCUCAUGCAUGGUGGGGAAGCACUCUACUACUGAGCUACAUCCCUAGCCCCUCAUCUUAAUCUAAUAGUCACUUCCUGAGUACCAUUCUGCCUGUCUACAAAAGAGUUGCAUUUUGCCUUAUAACAUCUAGGCAAAUAAUUUCACUUAAAUUAAUGAAUUCAUUCCUGCCCCAGGAAACAUUGCUGCAGAAGGAGUGAGUCAUCAUCAUUGCAUUUCCACAAUCCCUUCAUGUCUCUUCAGAGCAGUUUUCCAUAGUGCUGCUUCUGUGGGGGGUGUUUGCUUGGACCAAGGAGACCAUUGCUCUCAGAAACAAACUAUUCAUGUGAGAUAAGCAGAGAAUUCAUGUGAGAUUCUCAAGAAUGAGAAUAUAGUCUUGGUUUCCAGAUCUUUCACUAGAGGCCUCUCUCCAGAGUCAGAACAGACAGAAGUCAAAAACAACAGGUUUCCUGAGAGCAGCAGAAAAUGAUUGAGUCACAGAUAUCGUUUGAGGAUGUGGCUGUGGACUUCACAUGGGAGGAGUGGCAGCUGCUUAACCCCACUCAGAGGAGCCUGUACAGAGAUGUAAUGCUGGAGAACUACAGCAGCCUGCUCUUCCUGGGUUAUCAAAUCAUUAAACCUGAUGCCGUUUUCAAGCUAGACCAAGAGGAGUCAUGGACAGUAUAUGAAGAAACCCUACACCAAAACGUUUCAGAAAUUUGGCUAGACAGUGAUUCUAAAAUAUGUCAUCAAGAUAAUCAAGACAAGCUUAAAAGUAUGGAGAAAGGCCAUGGAUGUGAUGUUUUGGGGAAAAUAUUUAAUUCAAGCAUGAACUUUGUUCACUUAGGAAUGAGACUUCAUAAAUGUGGCAGAGGUGAAAAAAGUUUGAAACAUCCUUUUGAUUUUCUUAUUCCAAAAAAUAACUGUGGCAAAAAGAAAUUUGAUGAGCUCAGCAAGGAGUUACUGUUUUGUGUGAAACCUGACAGAGCCUGUGGAGAGGUACAAUACUGUGAUGACAAGAAACACAGAAGAACCAGCAGCAACGAGGCUUGUGGGACACACACGGGAGUCUGCUUGUGCUUGGAGUGUGGCAGAGUUUUCCAUAGGAAGUCACAGCUGACCAUUCACCAGAGAACUCACACAGGAGAGAAGCCCUAUCUUUGCAGUGAGUGUGGGAAGGCCUUCUCACAGAAGUCCUUGCUCACUGUGCACCAGCGGACACAUUCAGGGGAAAGGCCCUACGGGUGUGGCGAGUGUCAGAAGGCUUUCAGCAGGAAGUCCCUGCUCAUGCUACAUCAGAGAACUCACACUGGAGAGAAGCCCUACGGGUGCAGUGAGUGUGGAAAGGCCUUCAGCAGGAAGUCCCAGCUCAAAAGGCAUCAGUUGGCUCAUGCAGUAGAGAAGCCCUAUAGCUGCAGUGACUGUGGAAAGGCUUUCUCCCAGAAAGUGAAGCUCAUCACACAUCAGAGGGUGCACACAGGAGAGAAACCUUAUAAAUGUAGUGAUUGUGGGAAAGCUUUCUUUUGGAGGUCUCAGCUCAUCACUCAUCAGCGGUCUCAUACUGGCAAGAAACCUUAUGUGUGUAGUGAGUGUAAAAAAGCCUUCAGCAGGAACUCACUCCUCAUUAGGCAUCAGAGAAUUCACACAGGAGAGAAGCCCUAUGCAUGCAGGGAAUGUGGUGAAGCUUUCAUCCGAAAGCCGCAGCUUAUCAAGCAUCAGAUAAUCCACACGGGGGAGAAGAGCCAUCGAUGCCGCGAUUGUGAAGAGGCCUUCUUCAAGAAGUCAGAGCUGAUGCGGCAUCAGAAAGUUCACUCUGGAGAGAAGCCCUAUGGCUGCGUGGAAUGUGGGAAGACCUUCUUUGGAAAGUCGCAGCUCCUAACCCACCAGAGAACUCACACUGGUGAGAAACCAUAUGGCUGCAGUGAGUGUGGGAAGGCCUUCACCCAGAAGUCAAGCCUGAUAUCGCAUCAGAGAACACACACUGGCGAGAAGCCCUACAAAUGCAGUGAGUGUGGGAAAGCCUUCAGCGAGAAGUCCAGUCUCACUCACCAUCAGAGAACUCACACUGGAGAGAGGCCCUUUGAAUGCAGUGAGUGCAGGAAAGCGUUUGCCUGGAAGCCACAACUGCUCAGGCACCAGAGGAUCCACACGGGGGAAAAGCCCUAUGAAUGCAGCGAAUGUGGGAAAGCCUUUGUUCAGAAGGUGCAGCUCAUUAAACAUCAGAGAAACCACACAGGAGAGAAAACCCACGGGUGCAGUGAUUGUGCAAAAGCUUUCUUUGAGAAAGCACAGCUCAUCAUCCAUCAGCGAAUUCACACAGGAGAGAGACCCUACGAGUGUGCCGAAUGUGGGAAAUCAUUCACCAGAAAGUCCCAUCUCAUGAGGCACCAGAGGAGCCACACAGCAGGCAGAGGCUGUGCACGCAGCGAGUGUGGUAGCAGCUUCAGCAGCAGGUUGCAGCUCACAUUGCACCAGAAAGACCACGCAGAACCAACGCCACGUGAGUGCAGCAAGGGCCAACCCCUGCCUGCUGUCAGAUGUCCCCACUGAGGACAUGUAGGAGAGACUCCAGUUGAGAUAGCAGCUGCUGGAAACAUGCUAGCAGGGAGUUAAGUCACGAGAGCUUUCUAGUGUUUGAAAAGCAGAUGUUGUGCAAAAGCCUUCUCCCAAAAGAUUCCCUGGGGCACCCCUGUGAGGACAAGCCAAGGUGGAAGUGAGAUUGGCAGCACCCUCUGUCAGAGGUCACAGGGAUUCAUGUUUAGAGACUUCAACAGGGAAACCUGGGGGAGCAAACUCCUCAGGAUUCAGAUGUGUCAUCAGAAAGGAGGUGCUGGACGUUGUGUCUUGAGAGUCUACGUGAGGAGUCCUGGUGUCCAAGGGUCUUUGAAGUAAUUCUGCCAGGAAACUGUGUCUGUUGUGUAGGAAUCAUUACAAACAGCUGUCAGUCUCAGACAGACAUGUCUGCUGAAGGGUAAAGACUUCUCUAUUGUGUGUGGUGGAGUAACCAGGAUCAGAGCAUGCUCCUACCUUCAACAGCUAUAUGUAAAAAGACUUUUUCUUUUUUUAAUUUAUGUUUUUAAUUGAUACAUAGUAACUGUAUGUUUUUGUGGGUUUCAGUAUGGCUUUACAGUGUGGAUACAGUGUGUAAUGGUCAGGUCAGGCAUAUCUGUAAUUGGCAUCUAUCUGUUAGCUCAGCUUUACAUUUCUUGUGUUGAGAAUAUUCAGGAUCCUAUUCAUUAGUUAUUUUGAAAUAUUUGUAUUGCUAAUUGUUGCUGGGUGCAGUAGUGCACACCUGUUAUCCAGGAUCUUGAGAGGCUGAGGCAAGAAGAUCACAAGUUUAGGCCAGCCUGGGUCCCACAGUUAAAAAAUGAAAAAGGCUGGGCUGUGGCUCAGUGGUAGAGUGUCCAUGGUUUCCAUCACAAUUCUGCAAACCAGGGAUAACUGUUCCCAACCAUAGUCAACCUACUGUGUUUCAGAAUGUCAGAAGUCAGUCCUCCUGUCCAGCUACAUACAUGGGCCCAUUGGCUACCCUCUCUUGGCUUCCCUACCUCCACUGUUUCCCAGCGUCUGGGAAUGUAUUUUGGCUGGUCUCUGCUCCCUUGAGGUUGGACUUGGCUUCUGCACGUGGUAUUGUUGCUCAAUGCCUGACACAUUUCACUUACUUGGGGACCUCCAGUUCCAACCUCAUUGUUGCAAACAAAAGCAGCAUUUCCAUUAUUUUAUGUCUGAAUGAUAUCCUGUUGUGCACAUAUACCAUAUUUUCUUUAUUCAUCCAGCAACAGACACCUGAUUGAUUCCAUAUCUUGGCCAGUGAUGAUUCUUGACAUGACACGUGGUCUGUGGUCCCAGUCAGAUGGAGCUGACUCAUGGUCACCCAGCCUACUACAGUGGCAGUUUCCAGGUGGCCACACAGGGAAGGGGCCAAGAAUAGCCUUGCUGGUGAGAAGGGAAGGAUUCCCACAGGGCCACAAUAGCUGGAGUUUGCAGGGAAGAUGUGGAGGUGUGCUUAACAGAGAGGGGCUGUCUGAGGGAUCCCCAACUCCUUUGGAUGAGUAAGGAUUUAUACAUGUGUAGGAAACCUGGGAACAGCUGGAGCUGUGCAAGGCAGGGGCAAUUCAAGUGGGAACUGGCCAGAGACGAAUGGCUGGUCACCAUGUAGCAGCAGGCGGGCUCUCAGAAGCCCUGUUUUAGCAGAGGACUGACUAGCCCUAUAUCAAGCUACUCUGUUUCCAAGUAAAAUUUAGUGAAAGGCUGGGUUGUAGCUCAGUGGAAAAGAGCUGGCCUGACGUGAGGUGCUGGGUUCCCUCCCUGGCCCUGCAAAAAGACAACAAUUUUAAAGCACCUAGAAGGGAAAUCAUACAUAGGAACAAAUCACAGCAGGGCUUCUAGACAGGGCUGUGUAAGAAGAUAAGGAAGCUGCCUUAAAUUACUGAAAGAAAGCACCACAGCAAACCCCACAACCUAGAGUUCUGGUUCCAACAAAAACAUCUAUAAGGGCUGGGGAUGUGGUUCAAGCGUGCUUGCAUGGCAUGCAUUGCUGGGUUCUAUCCUCAGCACCACAUACAAAUAAAGAUGUUGUGUCCACCGAAAACUAAAAAAUAAAUAUUAAAAAUCAA